AUGCCUCAUCAUAUCCUCUUGUUGGGAGGGACUAAUCUAGGCCCUACAGGUGGUCCCUUUAUCGAUCAAACUCUAAAGGCUGAUCACUCACUCACGAUCUACGCACGGAAUCCAUCCAAGGUAGCAAAGGAAACGCUUGAGCAUCCCGACGUCAAUAUCAUCAAGGGCGAACUCGGCGAUGUCAAUAAGCUGGCCGAGGCCGUAACGUGCGGUGCAACUGUCUUCCCCGUCUCCACUUGCUACGAAAUCUUCCUUCCGCUCCUUAUCAAGAAUAACUUCCAGCGCGCAAUGGUUGUUUGCACUGUCUCCUGGAUCUCGCCCGAGGACAAAUUCUCCGUCACCUGGUCUCUCGUUCGCUUGCUCAUUAAGACGAUGGCCCGGGACGCCUACGAAGACUUGGUGGCUAUCGGUGACUACGUGUCUUCCAUCCCAACCGAUCAGUUGGCGUGGACGAUGAUGCGUCUUCCAAAUCUAACCGACGGAGAACCAAAGCCAGUCAAGGAGGCAUUUAGAGGUGACGGAAAGGACGGCAUGUCGUUGACGCGAGCAAGCUCGCCGCAAUGGGUUCUAAAGGAUAUUGACGAGAGGAAGUGGGUUGGAAAGCCACCAAUGCUCUCUAACUAG